AUGGAAAGAGGUUGGCUCCAUGGGGAGGGAUUCCUCUUCUGCCUCAUUCUCCACCUGCUGCUCCAGGAUGCACAGCUUCAACUGAUGACAUCAUUCCUGUGGCUAAAUCUGAUCUGGUACAAUCCAUUCAUCAGGUGGAACCCAAAGGAAUGUGGGGGCAUCAGUAAGCUCAGCAUUGCAACUGAGAACCUGUGGCUUCCAGAUAUCUUCAUCAAUGAGUUCAUGGAUGUGGAUCAAACACCUACAGGGCUCAUGGCUAUGUCACCAGUGAAGGGCACACCAGAUAUGAUAAACCAAUGAAGGUGACCAGCAUCUGUAACCUGGACAUCUUCUAUUUCCCCUUUGAUGAACAAAACUGCACGCUCAGCUUCACCUCUUUCUUGUACACAGUGGAGACCAUGGUCCUGGGCCUGGAGAAGGAUGUGCAGGAGAUUUCUAACAUAUCACAGAACCUCAUUCAGAACAAGGGAGUGGAUACUUCUGGAUAUCCGCCAGACCAUGAUGAAGAUGGCUGUGGACGACAGCUAUUACGACCAAAUCACUUUCUAUGUAGCCAUCAGGCGCAGGCCCUUCCUCUAUGUCAUAAACCUUCUGGUGCCCAGUGGUUUUCUGAUUGCCAUUGAUGCCCUCAGCUUCUUCCUGCCACCAGAAAGCGAGAACCGUGCCCCAUUCAAGAUGACCCUUCUGCUGGGCUACAAUGUCUUCCUGCUCAUGAUGAAUGACUUACUCCCGGACACUGGCACCCCCCUCAUCAGUAUGGCCCCUCCCUCUUUCAGGAGAGUAAAAGCAAGGUUGGGGGGAUGAGGUGUCUACUUUGCCCUGUGUCUCUCCCUGAUGGUGUUCAGCCUGCUGGAGACUGUCUUCAUCACCUACCUGCUGCACCUGGUCACCAUCCAGCCCCCACCCAUGCCCCGAUGGCUCUAUUCUCUGCUUCUGCACUGCACCAGCCCAAGGGAACGCUAUCUCACUGCACCCCAGAAGGGUAACAAGGGCCUGCGUCUCACCCCCAUCCAACUGCCUGGUCUGAAGGAGCCCAUGGAGUUGGUGGGGAAGGUGCCAGGUCCCCAAGAGGCAGAGUUAAAUGGGUGCCCUGAGUCAACAAGGGGCCAACAGGAAGAUGAGGCUCAGAAGCAGCAUUUGGUCAGCCUGUGGGUGCAGUUUAGCUACAUGAUGGACACCCUGCUGUUCCGCCUCUAUCUGCUCUUCAUGGCCACCUCCAUCACCACAAUCAUUGUCCUCUGGAGCACCUAG